GGUACGCAGCGCCGGAAGAGGCGGGGCUUCACUUUAGGACGCUCGCCCUCCGUUGUUCAUUCAACAUGGCAGCGGGACCAAUUUCAGAAAGAAACCAAGACGCCACUGUGUAUGUCGGCGGCUUGGAUGAGAAAGUAUCAGAGCCCUUACUAUGGGAGCUUUUCCUGCAGGCUGGUCCUGUGGUCAACACACACAUGCCCAAAGACAGGGUCACAGGCCAACAUCAGGGCUAUGGCUUUGUGGAGUUCCUUAGUGAAGAGGAUGCUGACUAUGCCAUCAAAAUCAUGAAUAUGAUAAAGCUCUAUGGCAAACCUAUUCGAGUUAAUAAGGCCUCAGCGCACAACAAAAACUUGGAUGUGGGUGCAAACAUCUUCAUUGGUAACCUGGACCCGGAGAUUGAUGAGAAACUGCUCUACGACACAUUCAGUGCUUUUGGCGUGAUCCUCCAGACACCAAAGAUCAUGCGAGACCCAGACACCGGCAACUCCAAGGGUUAUGCUUUCAUCAAUUUCGCAAGCUUUGACGCAUCCGAUGCGGCCAUUGAGGCCAUGAAUGGCCAGUACCUCUGCAACAGGCCCAUCACCGUCUCGUAUGCCUUCAAGAAGGAUUCUAAAGGAGAGCGGCACGGCUCGGCUGCAGAGCGACUCCUGGCUGCACAAAACCCUCUCUCCCAAGCAGACAGGCCUCACCAGCUGUUUGCAGACGCUCCCCCACCACCAACUGCUCCGACACCGGUCCUGACCACACUGGGAACUGGGAUACCCAUGCCAGGCAUGCCACCACCCGGUGCUUUCCCUCCUGUUCCUCCUCCGGGAUCAAUGCCUCCAGCAAUGCCCCCUAGUAUGACCAUGCCGCCGAAUGCAGGGACACCAGGCCCACAAGCUGCUGGUGGUGGACCUCCACCUGGACCACCACCCUUCCCUCCUGCCAACAUGCAUCCAGGUAUGCCUCAGAUGCCCAUGCCCCCUCCCGCUCCUCCUGGCAUGGUGCCUCCACCUCCUGCUCCUCCAGGAUCAAAUCAACCACGGGCCCCACCACCCCCUGGCAUGCCCCCACCCCCGCCUAUGGGCAUGCCACCCAGAGCACCGUAUGGACCUCCCAUGGGUCCGCCUGUGCCUCCAGGUAUGAGAGGGCCGCCUCCUCCCAUGCCUCCACCUGGCUACGGUGCUGGUCCUCCUCGCCCACCUCCUUUUGGCUUCCAGAGAGGACCUCCAAUGCCACCCAGGCCCCCUGGUGCCCCACCACGCGUUCCUAUGAGAGCACCAAUGCCACAGUAACCUAUCUCAGACUGCAGAAAUGGGCUCUAAUUUUCUUUUUUUUUUUAAAAACAUCUUUAGAUCUACUCAAAUUUGUAAUCGGGAGAAUAAUUUAACCACCUGUUUGUAUUUUUUUUUCUUGGUCACUGUACAGAUGAAGGACCUUUUUUGAAGAAUAAAGUUUUUAGUACAAGUUUUGGAUGUAUUUUCGGAUUGUAUUUUUCUUUUUUAUUUUAGCAGGUUUCAUUCUUUUGAGUGGCAUCGGUGUACUCGAGAAUCCCCUUGGCAGUAGGCCUGUUUCACGGCAGACAUCUUGACAGGUCACAGAAGGAAACGUAAAUAUGUGAUAAACAUCAAUAAUAGCUGCAUGCAUUUUACUUGGGUGUCCUGUUUCCUGGCCGCUGGCUCACUGGAAAUAUUUAUUGGGAUACAUCUGUUAAAUGGAGCCAUCAGUAAUGUUAUUGGCUCCCCUUCUGGUUUUACUGCUGUGUUAUACUACAUGUCAAAAUGUCUACUUUUGGAAAUGGCCAGUGCAUUUAGAUAUUUGUUGUGUAUAGGUGAAAGUUUUGGCCAGAACAAGUCACCAAAAUGACCACAUAUCAAGCUUUGGAGACAAUAUUUAUUCCAAAUUUCAUGGCAGUAUGACCAGUAUUUGUACUGUAUUGCUCUAAAACCGAGUGUUCACUUGAUGGAUGGACCGACCAACAUGACCGUCCUUUGGCCCUGCUGCCUCAGGGUCUCCAAGUAAAUUCUUUAAUUGGUUGGUCAGCAUUGCAAAGUCAAACUAUUAAUGCUAAUUGAUUGUGUUGGUAAGUAACAAGUAGCAUGGGGUCUAUCCAGAUUUACAGUCAGAGCCCAACAGUAAACAAAGCAGUUAUGUACUCCACCUAGAUCGGAUACAACAUAAAAAUGUUGCUUACAUGUUAAUAACAAUA